AUUUUUUCUUUUUUCCCUAAUAUGUGAUCAUGAUUUCAACUCAGCCCCAUAGAAAAGCUCCUGCUAAUUUGAGAGAGAGGACUUUACCUGUAAGUGUUUGCAAAGAACAAAACAGGUACUUCCAUUAAGUUUUGCAACUCUGUAAACACAUGUCCAGCCAUGUGAGUUGUUUGCACGUUUUGUGUAUCCCACACAGGACACUCUGCCUAACACCCCAGCCUUGGAAAUCACACUCAGAGGCAAUGAGUGCACUCUGCAGCGUUUAUUAAUACCACCUCCAAAAGUGAGAGGGUACUCUGGCUUCAGUGAGGGCUCUCUGUAACCGUUCAAAGUACUUCAGAGCCUGUUCUCAGUGUAUGACGUUCGUCCUGGUGACACUCAAGCAGCACACUGCUGAAGGACAGCUGGGGAACAUCUAUAUUUGUGCCAUUGCUCAUUGCUGGCAUGCCCCUAUCUGAGCAAAGAGGCAGGCUUGAGACUCAUCAUCUCAAAAGCCUCCCUGAGGAUACCAAUGUCAUCCAGAUCUGGCAGCACGAGAGACUAUGAGACUAACAGCCAGUCACAACAUCAUUCAGCUUCCCCACCAGUCCCAGAGGCCAGUGACACUGAGACUGAAGGUCUGAUCUUCUAUCACAUGGAUCUCUAUGGAUCAAAGGAGAGGUUUGAUAUCUUUCCUGAAGAGCUCUCUGGUCAAGGAGACAGAUCUCUGGGGGAUACGAGGAGGGAAUCUGCAUUGAGUAGUGAAAAAGUUCAGCGCCCACAAGAAGUUGGCUAUGACUUGGAAAAGGAGGUUGCAGAGUUGGCUAAGAUGUAUGGACUCGAUGAGGAUAGAGAAAAAGAGCUUGAGCUUCUUGAAGGACAUCUGGAGAAGGUGGAGAGCAGAUGGCCACCAGCUCGCACAGGAAAAGCAGGAUUACAAGACUCCAUAUAUAACAUAUCAAAAAGCAGCUCUUCAGUGAAAGAUCCAAGUCAAAGCACAAAGCAACAAGGGUUUCCUGAUGAGGCUUCUCAAGGUGAAAAUCAGAGCAAAGCCAGAGCAGAUGAUGAGGCUGAGAGCAGCAUAUGGUCCAGAGGGGGGCUAAGCAGUGGCGGCAUGUCAGAUGAGUGGAACAGUCAGGCUGUCAGUGAGGAGGAGGAGGAAGAGGAAGAGGAAGAAGCAGCAGAUGUUUUUUGUUCCACCUGCAAGAUACCAAUCCGAGCUUUUGACAAACUAUUUGGUGAACACAAGGAUCACGAGGUUGCUCAGCUCCCCAGUGCUGUGGAAAGUGAAAAGGAGGAGAUCCAUAAAAACAUGUGCAAAUUGGAAGAACAGAUUGCUCAGAUGGAAAAUGUUGCCAGCCAUUUGGAGGAAAUCUUCAUCACUGUAGAGGAAAAUUUUGGGAGGCAGGAGCAGAACUUUGAGGUGCAUUACAAUGAUGCAGUGCAAGUGCUUGCUCAGAAGUAUGAGGAGCAGCUGGAAGCACUGGGAGAAGAGAAGAGGCAGAAGCUGGAAGCUCUGUAUGAGCAGCUGGUCAGCUGUGGGAAACAUCUUGACACCUGCAAGGAGCUGACAGAUGAAACCCAGGAGCUUUUCCUGGAAAACGACAAAGCUGAAUUUAUGAAGGCAGCAGUAACCAUGGUUGACAGGCUGGAAGAAUUCUUAAAGAAAGAAGUGGAUUUAGAGCUUUCAACACUGCCAGACUUUGAAGAGCGGGUCAUAGAUGUCUCUGAAGUUGAACAACUAAUGAAUUCCAUUAAUGCUAUUCCAGCUCCUUGUGCCCCUGUGAUCAAUCCCCAGGCUCCCAAUGCAGCAACUGGCACUUCACUGAGAGUUUGCUGGGGCCUCUUCUCGGAUGACACUGUGGAGUGCUAUCAGCUGUGCUACCAACCAGUGAGCAAUGAGAGGCACAGUGAUGGGCCAGCAGAGCAUACACUAAAAGUCAAAGAAACAUACUGCACCAUUACUGAUCUGUUGCCAAAUACACAGUAUGAAUUUUGGGUCAGUGCUUUAAAUGCCUCCGGUAUCAGUCCACCAAGUGAAAGAGCAGUUUAUGUAACAGCUCCUUCACCACCUACCAUAAAGAAUAAAAAGAUCCGAAGCUGUGAAAAUGCAGCACUGGUGUGCUGGGAAUCCAGAGACAUUAAUCCUGUUGAUUCCUACACAGUUGAAUUGUCCAAGCUGACAGAUGAAGAAAAUGAUGAUAUUAUUACUGAAUCUAUUGUUGGGAUCCCUAACUGCGAAGUCCUAAUUCACCUCCAGCCAACACAAAAGUAUCAGAUCUGUGUCAGAGCCCAAAACCUGGGUGGCUGCAGUGAAAGAAGUGAACCCGUUCUGAUACACACCACAGGCACCUGCUUCUACCUUAAUGAGGAUACAGCCCAUCCUCUGCUGGCAAUUCUAGAUGAUGGAUUUACCAUUUCAUGUGAUGAACUGGAAAACCCAGAGUGUGAUCUGCCUGUCUAUGAUAACAGCUUUACAAGAUGUAUUGCCAUCCUGGGCAGUCUGAUCCCAUUUCCAGGAAAGCAUUACUGGGAGGUGGAAGUUGAGGAAGAUACAGAGUACAGAAUUGGUGUGGCUUUUGAGAACACUCCAAGACAUGGUCACCUGGGGGCAAACAACUCAUCCUGGUGCAUGAGGCACAUCAUCACACCCUCAAGGCACAAGUACGAAUUCCUGCACAGUGGGAUGACACCUGACAUCAGAAUUACUGUUCCCCCCAGAAGGAUUGGCAUCCUGCUGGACUACGAGAACUGCAGACUGGCAUUUUUCAAUGCAGAUAUUGCCCAGCACCUUCACACAUUCAACUCACACUUCCAGCAUUAUGUCCACCCCUGCUUUGCACUGGAAACACCUGGUAUCUUGAGGAUACAUACUGGAAUUACAACACCCCCAUGGACUGUCCUGCCAUAACGUGCGUCCUGCAGCUACCACACCCAUGGGUAACCUGCCCUGAGCAAUGCCCUCUUUCAGCAUUAACUGCACCAUCAUACUCCCUAUACAGCAGCUGUUUCCCCCUGGUAAGAGCAAAGCGACCCUGACCCAAUCCAGCUGCCAAGCCUGAGCCCUUAGGAGUUUGCAUCCUCUUGGGAAGGAUCUUAGCAAAAAGCCACUGUGGUCACAGGUUCCAUCAGCAUCCCAGAAUUCUCGUUAGAAAUGAACACCUUCCUUCUCAGAGGUGACACUGUCACCACACAGCACACUGGCAACUGGACUACAGGUUCCCCCAACACCCACCUGAAGCCUAGGGAACUCCCCAGUUCUCAAGCCAUCUAUAAUUCUACUCCUGAGUCUACUCAAGAGCUAAAAACUUAAAGAAAAACAAAAACAGCAAAAGUAAUGAUCACUCCAGCUGCUGGAGCUGAAAACAGCCAUGAAGCUGAUCUCCUGAUCAAGUGUUCUUGUUGCUACAUGAAGUCUGUGACACAAGAUAGUCAAAUACACCUCCCCUGUGUGUGAAAUGUUUGUGCCUACAUACCCAGUGAGGCUUUCUGGAACACCCAAGCCUGCACUCCAGUCUCAAACAUAAGCCAUUUUUUACAGAAUGCUUUUCACACAUUCACCCAGGGAAAAAAAGAUAGGUAGGCUUUUUGCAGUGCUUGAUGUCCUUACAGAAAAACCUAAAGCAUCACUUUUAGCUGCUUCUUUUUAGCUAUGCUCACCUCCACUGGGGUGCACCCUCCCUCCACACUCACAGAUCUGUUCUCCCCCUCAGCACUAAAGAAUCCCACUCCAUGCUGUGCCCUAGAAGCUGUGGGUGUCCAGUGAAGCUGGAGGGACUCUGGCCCAGCCAGUUCAGACAUCCUUGUUUGGGUUCCACUUCCAGACACCAAGCAAGACAAGCCCUGCCUGACAAGCAGGCUUGGCCAGCUCUGAACAGCCUCAUCCAUGUAUGUUAAAACUACCUGAACUCAAUCAAGAAUCUUUAACAGAUAAGCUUUUCCACAGAUUUAUUGCACAUUCAUUACAAAAAUCAUUGGUUUAAGUUUCCAUUCUAGGGAAUCGCCAGGAACAAGCAGUGGCCUCUACAAUAUGCAGGGUCUCUACAAAUAAAUGCCAUUGGCAAAACUAGAGAUUUUA